AUGACCAACCGCGCACUGGGCGGAUCGAUCAAUCAUGCGGCGCCUUCGCCGCCGAUCGAAGCGAUGAUCGAGGGCGCCUCAGAUCCAACCACCACCAUUCCCAAGACGGAAGAUUCGCCCGCCCCCUCCCGGUCGACCUCCCUAGGUGCAGAGGGCAUCGGUACGGAGAACAUCGAGGGCAAUGGGCCUACGACCGCAGGCCGGAAGCGCAAGCUGAACAGCACAUCAUCCAGAGGCGUGGCCAACCUCACCCCCGAUCAAUUGGCAAAGAAGCGCGCGAAUGACCGCCAGGCGCAGCGGGCCAUUCGCGAACGUACCAAGUCUCACAUCGAGACUCUCGAACAACAGGUUCGGGAUCUUGCAUCGCAGAAACCGGUGCUCGACCUGCAGGCUGCACUUCAACACAAUGAGCGCAUCCGGGCGGAGAACAGGGAGCUUCGCCAAGGGCUCAAGUCGGUCAUGGACAUUAUACAACCUUUGCUGGCUAGACCGGAGGCCUCAGAUAUACCUUCCUUCCUUGCCCAACCGAGAUCGGUCCCGCCAACAUCCCAUACCCCUCCUCUCCCCGAGACCGACCACAUAAACGCAAUCAACCAGGCCACGACACAAGGCGACAGGGCAUAUGCCGAUUCUGUGACUAGCCUCGACACACCCUCCCCAACACAUUCAGGAUCGGCUUCGGGCAGUCGGCGCAAUAGUCAAUACGGAUCCCUCCAGCCUUCUUCAUUCCGUGCCGCCCUAGACUCCCAGCGUCAUAAUAUUGCUCACGGGUUAGACCUGGGUAUGGAGGAGCGACUAGGAUUCAAUUUCCUGCUCGAUCCUGCACAGAAUGUCCCGAAAGUCGACCGGCUUCGACGCAGCAACUCUGAGAACGUCCGUUCCUCUUACCACUCUCCAUCACCGCUCUAUAUGCAACCGUUGAACUACCCAGCCGAUCAAACACCGGCUUACGCAACUCCUAUCCGAAAUUCUGCACCGACAUGUACCCUAGAUAGCAUCUUGCUCGACUUUCUUCACAACCGGCAGCGCGAAGCCGCUGAAGGGAUCCCUCGGCAGAAGCUCGUGGGACCACCCUACCCAAGUGUUUCUUCACUGCUAAACCCAGAGAAGAGCGCACAAUCACACCCCCUCUCCAAAGUCUUCACGGACAUCCUGCGCACAUUCCCAGAUAUUUCCUCCCUACCGGUGCAGGUUGCCGUGCUCUACACAAUGUUCCUCCUGAUGCGCUGGCAAAUCUAUCCCACGCAAGAGAACUACGAUCGACUCCCCGAGUGGAUCACUCCACCUUCUUUCAGCCCACCCCCAUGGAUGGACUACGUCCCCUGGCCUCGAAUGCGAGACCGGCUCGUAACGUCUCAUCGAGACUACCCGUUUGAGAAUUGGUUCAUCCCGUUCACGCGGGGUAUGGACGUGAAUUGGCCAUACGAAGCCACCGACUGCUUGCUAUCUGCCGGCGACUCGGACGAACUGAUCAUCAACCCGGUCUUUGAGCGCCACAUGCGGAACCUCAACAAUUGGUCACUGGGUCCGCUCUUUGCAGAGGCGUAUCCGGGAUUGGUAGAUACCACGCGAAUCAGACCGGAGCCGGGUAAACAGCGCUGCUCGACACCGAUAUAG